AUGAAGCUGGCUGGGAAACAGCUGCUUGGAAAUCGCAUCCGAGAGCUUCGGCUCAGCAGGAAAGAGAUCCUGGAGCAGGGAGUGGGCAGAGACCCGCUGCCCAUCAGCCAAACUGACCAGGCCGGCCGCACCGGCUUGCCCAAAGCAAUCGGAGCGCGGUGUGCCCGUGUCUGCCCGCCCCGCCAGAGCGACCGCCACGGCUCCCGCCCGGUGUGUGACAUUGAAUGGUACCGGGAGACCUACGGCAGCCUCAGGGGGGCCACUCCCUCCUUCCCGCGGUGCCGGCCGCUGCCGGGGAAGGACGGCCCGCCGUGGUGCCGUGGUGCCGUGCGGAGGCCGGCCCGUGUGCCCAAGGCCGCGGGGAAGGAGCGGCGGCCGCGGCUUGGGGCGGGGCGGACUCCAGGCCCCGCACUCCCGGUCCCGCACUCCAGGCCCCGCACUCCAAGUACCGCACUACAAGUCCCGGCACUCCCCACGGCGGGGCGGGCUCGGCGCGGCGGAAGCGGCGGCGCGGCGCGGAGCGACGGGGGACCCGGCGCGGCCACUGGUAACGGCGGCGGCCUGGCGGGCGGCACGGCCCGGCACGGCCCGGAACGGCGGGACCCUCGGUACCAGGGCACAGCGGCCCGGGGCAGUGCUGGCACCAUGCAGCAAGAGGCAGAGGGCAGCCGGGUGCGCCGCAGGAAGCCCGACAUGGCCCUCUACGUGCCCAAAGCGCGGCGGGAGAGAGAGGCACAAGCGACAGGUGACACACGGGCUGGGCACCGCCGGGAGCCUGAGAACCACAGCCUGGUGCAGGACUCUGGCUGGGCCAGUGGCGAGGGGCAGAGGAGAAGCCCCCGUGCCAGAACACAGGCAGGCAGAGCGGCAAGGAGGGAGGACAAGGUGGAUGCCGGCCCAAAGGAGCUGCGGGCAGCCUCUGCCAGGCACAGCCAUAGGACGAAAGGCAGCUGCCCUAUUACACCGGAAAGCCUGGGGGCAUCAUCCAGCAUGUGUGAACCAUGCCCAGAUCCAGCUGUUGCUCAGCCCUGGGACAGGCACAACAAAGGAUCUCAUGAGGAACCCGGAGAGCUCAGCCACGGCCACAGGAUGAUAAGGACUGAGCCUGACCCUCCAUCCCCACAGAGUGCCCAGGCUGGGGCUGUGAAGGCUACCCCCGAGCCUCAGGAUGACCCCACUAGCCCAACACCUGCUGCUAGCCGAGCACUUGUUUGCCAGACAGGCCAGAGUGGCAUGUUGGAGCACUUGGGGGACAGCACCCUAGAUCCAGCUGGGGACCUCUCCCAAAGCCUGGGAGAGGCUGUCCUGCAGUCAGCAGGGGUGGGGAACUAUGGCAGGGUGCCCCACUUGGUGGUGGAGACAGUGGGUCCAAAAGCCUGGGAGGAGGGGAGGGAGGAGGAGAGGGAGGAGGAGAGGGAGGAGGAGAGGUCUCUCCUGGCAGAGCAGAGCAAGGAUUGUGCCACUGGGGUAUGUGAGGAAGAGGAGACAUCGGGAGGCAGGGCUGAGCUUCCUGGGGAGAGCACCUUGUGUGCACCAGCAGCCAGCUGUGAACCUGUGUUCUUGAGGGGUAGCGUGGGCAAUGUUCCAGUACUCCCAGGGGGGAGCACUCCACAGCAGGGCAUGGGCAGUCCAUCCCAGCUCCCACCUGUCACAGAGGAGAGCACUGUAGGUGCUGGGGAUCCCACUGGGGAGGGUGACCUGGUGCCUGCUGUAGAGGAAGCGGGCAGCACUUCUGCCUGCACAGAUAACAGUGCUGGGGCUGAGAGCAGCCCGUGGGAGGGAGCAUCUCUGGAAAGCUGUGAGCCCCCACUGCCCCUAGAGCUGCUGUGCCAUGGCAUGGAGGGGAUCUCGCCUGCCUUCUGGACCAAGGAACUGGCAGGGCCAGAUGAGGAUGUGGGCUCACUGCAGAAGCACCAGGAGGCUGAGAAAGAAGAGAGAGGUCUCCACAGCAGCUCCCAUGAGGAAGGACAGACCAGUGCCAGUGCUGAAACCCUGGGCCAGACCAGCCCAGGUGCUGAGGAGAGCUGGGAUGUGCUGUUCAAUGAUGAUGGAGACUGCCUGGACCCACGCCUGCUGGAGGAGCUCUCAGGGGGUGAGAAGCACCAGGAGAGCCGGCAGUCACCCCGCUUCAACUACUACGGGGCCGAACCUGCUGCGCCAGACAUCAGCGAUGAUGAGCUGCCCCAUGUCAUCGAGAUCUACGAUUUCCCCUCGGAUUUCCGCACCGAGGAUCUGAUGCGUGUCUUCUGCAGCUAUCAGAAAAAAGGCUUUGAUAUUAAGUGGGUGGAUGAUACACAUGCCCUGGGCAUCUUCUCCAGCCCCAUAACAGCAAGAGAUGCCCUCAGCACCAAGCACCUGAUGGUGAAGACACGUCCACUGUCCCAGGGCACCCGUGCCUCUAAGGCCAAAGCCAGGGCAUAUGCUGAAUACCUGCAGCCAGCCAAGGAGCGCCCGGAAACAUCGGCUGUCCUGGCCAGGCGGCUGGUGAUUGGUGCCCUGGGGGUACGGAGCAACCAGACACCAGCCCAGCGAGAUGCUGAGCGGAGGAAGCUGCAAGAAGCUCAGGAGAGGAAGCGCCUGGAGAACAAGCAGCGGGAGGAUGCCUGGGAGGGCCGGGACUGAGCCAGGAGGCUGCACUUUCAGCCCAUGUCCCUCUCUGCAAGCAGGCAGAGCAGCCUGCGUCUCAGAGCUGGGACAGAUUCUGCACUGCGUCCAAAAGCACUGGGCUGCUUCACCAAAAGGGCUGAGCAGCACGCGGGCUGGUUGGUGCUGUGGGGAUGCUGUUGCUGUCAGGCAGCACUGCCCACCCUGCCCAGAGCAGAACCCCCAAGGCUGCCAGUCAUAGCAGGAGCAACAGCAGGAUGCAGGGAGCUCAGCAGAGAGCAUGGGGGGCUGUGUGGGACGGCCCUGGCCACCUGGCAGGGCCUUGUGAGUGAGAGUUUCUGUCCUUUAUUUUGCUAAUA